AUGAGGCCUGAUGCAUAUCAAGCAUCAAUUUCUGCAAAAGUAUUUUAUAUAGUCCUCCACUUAGCAGUUAUUUUUAUUUUUUGAGAAUUUCCUAGCGAUUUGAGUGUUUCAUGUGGCAAUUUUGAAUUUUCAUGCAUAUUUUUUACUGUCUUGAAAAUCACAGCAACUUUUUUAUAUUCUACAAUAGGUUUAUUAUCAAUUAAAAAUUUCUAUCUAUUAUAUAAAAAAGUGAAUAUAAAUGAUCACUUAAAACAGGAUAUUUCAUAUGCGGAUUAAAGCCUGGGUUUAUCAGAACGACUCCGAUGAAACAAGAAAUAGAGCUUUUAAGCGAAGAAGACUGGCAGCCUCCUCCAAAAAAUUACUGUGAGGACUGCAAAAUACUGAAGCCUUAUAGGACUAGGCAUUGCUAUAAAUGUGAAGAAUGCAUUGCAAAAUUUGACCAUCAUUGCUUUUGGAUUGGUGCAUGUGUAGGUGAAAUGAACCAUUUUAGGUUUGCCUUAUAUCUUAUAAUAGAAAGUAUCUGCUUUUUAUGAGCUGCUUAUAAUUGCUUAAGUGGAAUUUCAGACAAUGCAUGGGGAUUUUGGCUGUAUUUGUUGUCGUUUUUUCUAUGUGCUGGAUUUGGAAUGCUAGUGACUGGGCUAGGAUUAUUUCACAUUCGUCUGAUUUCGCAAGGACUCACAACUUGGGAAGUAAUGAGAAAGUAUAAAAUUGACUAUCUAAAACCUUAUCCCCAAAAUUUCAAUCCAUUUGAUGAAGGAUUUAUUAACAACUGGAGAUCUACAAUAUGUGACAGAGAGCUUAAAGAAUGAACUCCUCCAAGACCAAGGCCGUUUUAUCCUUUUAAUUGGUGUGAAAAUGAGUACUGGAGUUGUUGCUAA